AUGGUGCACCUUGAAGAACAACUUGUGCCAGUUGCCACCAAGCCGAAAGUGGAGAAGGUUGAGACUGGCAUCAUCACAAGUGGCAAAGCUACACGCAUUGUUGAGAUUUACAAUGAGGAUGAGACGGAGUGCAUCACGAUCGGAGCCUCCAGUCUCGCGUUGCCGUGUGAGCACGGCGGGUCUGGCGCUGCUGUGGCGUUCUACGACCAGGGCAAGGACAUCACGACGAAGGAGCACUACAAGCUGCGGAACCAGGCGACGCACUUCCUGGUGGCUGCUGGUGGUGGCUUCAUCCUGAACAUCACCUACCACCUCCUCUUGGUCUUCGUCUACGGCAUCUUCCUGAACGACCUCUACGCCUUCGACCUCAAGCUGCACUUCGUGGACAUCCAGCCGAACUACGUGGGCAUCCUGGACUUCGUGGACUACAAGAUGCAGCAGCCUCCGACCUCGAGCGGAAGCAUCCCGCUCCAGGAAUACCGAAGGGAUAUUCCACCGGGGUGGAUGCCUGGAAACCCGAGCUACCCGCUCAAGGAGUACUUCGAGAAGCUCAGGCUUUGGUACCGAGUAUGUGGCUUGGAGGACGAGCUGAUCGGUCCAAUGAUCGCUGGUCGCUUGUAUGGCCGUGCCUCCAAGGUGGCGAUGGCUCUGAGGGUGAGAAGGCCUGACGGCACCUACGACGUGGGCGAUGCGGCGCUGGUCAGAUUGGCCGUGGAUGAGGUGGUCGAUCCAAACACUGGCCAGGUGAUCCAAGCCCACAUUCCCAGCGGAGUUCAACACUUGGUUCAAGCUCUCCGCAAUGCCUUUGGCCAACAAGACCAUGACAUGGCCACUCAGGCGCUGGAGAGGUUUUUCUCUCUCACGAGAGGAAAGAUGAGCCUUGCCGAGUAUGCGGUGGAGUUUGAUUCGAGGAUGGAUGAGGCUCAUGACAGAGCCGGCCUUGUCAUGAACGAUGUGGCGAAGUUCUACCUGUUCUUCAAGGGUUCAGGUUUGAGCAACAAGGCCAUCGACGACAUCAAGCUUCAGGUCCAAGGAGAUCACAGUCGCUUUGCAGAUGCUCGAGCUUUAGCUUUGAGGUUGUCCCCAUCUCGACCCGAAGAACAUGGCGGCGACGUCUUCUACGCGGACCAGGACGACUAUGACGAGACGGUCAACUAUGACGCCUGGUAUGACUCCUCCGAGAACUAUUGGUACGACGACUACUCCCAGGACUAUGGCUAUGACGAUGAAGGCAGUUGGCACUGGGAUGGAGAAGAGCUCUACUAUGGCGACAUGGAUGACUGGUAUGAUGAAGAUCAAGAAUGGCAAGAAGACGGUUAUCAAACCGCCCAUGAAGACUCCCUGGAGACGAACCCUGAGAAUGCCGACGAGGUCAAGGAAGAGUACUACAAGGGAAAGAGCAAAGGCUAUGGCAAGACCAACUGGUACGUCCAUCGACCCCCAUUGGACGCCUACGAUGGAAUCCCGUCCAAUGUGCCGAGGCAAGACAACUCCGAGGAGUUCAACAUCCACACACCGCCUGAUGCAGAGGACUUCAUGAGCAUCCCGAGAUCUUCAACCAGGACAAGAUCUACUUCGGAUGGUCAUGGACAAGAACAUGGAGCUGUCAUGCCGGAGAAGCGCAUCCACGAGGCCUUCAGCUUUGCCUUCAACAACUACUACCAGGCCACGGACUACUUCAUGGUCAGAGGACAGAAACGUCGAGGCCUGAUCAUUGAUCCAGGAGCUGCCAGUGGACUCAUCGGAUCAGAGACCCUUCGAGAUCUGGUGGCAACAUGUGUCAAGCCCUUCGGCAAGGAGAUCUCCAUUGAGAAGGACGUGACUUCACCAGUGUCAGGCAUUGAUGGAAAGUCUGACCAGACUCUUGGACGAGUCACUGUGCCUUUGCUGUCGUCUGGAAAGGCCAUCAAGUUCUGCGGUGAAGUGAUUGGAGGACAAGGUUCUCUUUGCCCAGCUCUAGUUGGAAAUCCUUCCCUGAGGAAGAUGAACUGUGUCAUUUUCAGCAACUACUUUUCCAACGGUGAUGGGCUCCUCGCCAUGAAUCACAAGGAGGAGCCACAGUCAUCGAGAUUGCUGAGAUUGCUGUUGACUGACAGCGGACACUACAUCCUUGCCACCGACGGCAUUGACGAGACCAAGAUCACCAAGGACGUGCAAAAGGAGACCUACACGUUCUGCAGCAAAGUGCUCUCAAGCAGCAUCGAGAAAUGGCCAAAGUCCGAGAUCAAUCCCCGGUUGCUUCAUGUCUUCGCUGUGACGCAGGCAGGAGGGAACCGGUGUGAAUGUGAACAACAACAAUAUGAAUCACGUGAACAUCGUGAACAACAAGAAUCCUCCUCUACUGAUGACAAGGACAAUGGCGACAAAGCUGCCAGCAUCAUGGACAAGCCCGACAAGACUGACACCGAUGCGACAGUCACCCAUGAAUCUGAUGGCAAGCUCGACUUGGACAAGAACAACCACGAUGCUGUCGAAGCUGUUUCACAACCAGGCAUUUUGCCUUCCAUGGAAUCCACAAAGGAGCCCAUUGAACACAACGUUUUUUCCAGUGAGCCCAAGCUCUGCGGGCCUACAUCUUUUUCUGCGACAACUGAGGAGUUGCCGAAGAUUGUCAAGAAGGUGCACUUCGACGAUGCGCAUCAGCCUGCCUCUUUGGAAGCAGCAUCCAACAACGUUGAAGAGCCCUCCAACAAGGAUGAGAAAGACUCCCUGGACAUCCACUACAAGGAGUCUGACUUUCCCAUCUACACUGAGGACAUGCUUCCUGAUGGAGCAGACCAUGUCAAGCUGAAGAAGCGCUACAAGGCGAUCAAAGAGGAGUUCUACACUCAAAGUGGUCACCGACCAGUGACACCCUCCAACUUUCGCAGUUGGAUGAACAAGUCCAAGGGCAGAAACAAGAGAUGGCACUUCUGGGAAAUCUUCAGUGGCUCAGGCAGACUCUCCCUGACACUUUUGCUUUCAGGCUUAGCAGUUGGACCUCCAAUCGACAUGAGGUAUGGCUGGGACGUCAACAACACUUCUCAUCAAGCCAUGCUUCUGGAAGCCCAACGAGAGUUCAAGCCUGGCACUAUCCACUAUGCACCUGACUGUGCACCCUGGAGUGUGUCAUCAAGUUCCAAGGAUCCAGUACUACGACAUCAAGAUCGUCUUCAUGAUCUUCCAGCCUUGAAGUUUGUCCAGAACAGCUGUGAAGAACAAUCCCGAGAAGGACGCGGCUACACUGUGGAGCAGCCCUAUGGCAGUGCCAUGAUGGAUGAAGGCUUGCGCCUUGACCGCAUCCCUGACUGCAAGAAGAAACAACGAGUCGAUCAAUGCAUGCAUGGUGCAGUCAGCGAACUUGGUGAUCCUGUCCAGAAGGCAACAGCCCUGAUUGGCAACAUCAAGUACAACAAGACAGCUUUGAGGUGCAGUGGUCAUCAAGGUCAACCACAUGCUCAUCUACAAGGGCAGACUGGUGGUCACAAUCGCACCACCCUUGCUGCGGUGUAUCCAAAACAGAUGUGCCAACGAAUGCGGCAGGACAUCAUCAAGUACCUCCACAACCGCGACCUCAUGCGGGUGAAGACUGAGAACUUCUAUGAGUGCGUUCGCUGUACCUUGGGACGCUUUUGCCCAAAAGGAAUUGACCACACCAUGAUUCCUGGACAAUGUCGACAUGGACGUUAUGCAGCUGGGACCAAUCCAAAGUUGAAGUCAACGUCAUCUGCGGCUGACCCCAUCACUGACUGGAAGAAGGCGGCAGACCACGAAGCUUUGGAUGUUGUCCAACUCGACAACGAGCUUGACAAGGAGUUCAACGUCAAGGAGUCCCACUACCUGAAGAAGCUGCUCAUUGAAUCAGUGAACAACGCUCUUGGCCUGUUCACAGAAGCCUCCAACCGCAAGAUCGACUACACCCACUGGAUUGACAAUCCUGUGGCGAUUGCCUUAUUCAAGGAGCUGUUCAAAGAAGUCAUGCAGGUGAAAGCCAUCAAGGUUUUGCUGCGACCUUUCAGAAAAUCCUCAGCUGAACCACACCUUUCUAUGGCUUCUGGCUACCUGCGGCUGUUCAUCAUUGGCGAUGUGAAGCACUGGAAAGUUCUGAAGAUUGAAGACAUGAGAGAGCUCAGCUUCAGCCAGAUCAACGAGGCGAUAGAUGAGGAUGACUGGGUUCUGGUCUUGUAUGGUGUCGAACUUGAUUCAGUACCAGCACCAUCGACACCCGCUGCACGAUCCAGAUCUAUCCCAGCUCAGCCUGCACUACCACCUCGACGAGAUGAUGCAGCACUUGUUCCAGCGGAACCACAACCCCAAAUUCAAGAACGACCUGAUGAUGAACGAGAAGAAGAAGCUCUGGCAAUUCCAGCAUAUGAAGAGUUUGAGGCACAUGGACGAGCUGCACUAGCUCCAGUCAAGCCCAACUACAACUUGCGACGAGUUCUUGAACGACUUCCCAAGUUAGUGGAUUCCGGUGACGUGACCACAGCCAAGAGACUGUUGGUCGGCCUUCAUGAACGACUUUGGCACACACCGGCAGGAGACUUUUGCAACCUCCUUCGCCGAGCUGGACUUCCUCAACCAGUGAUCACCCUUGCAGCUGAAGCAGUUCAAAGCUGCGUGAUGUGCCGGAAGUUUGUCAGAUUGCCAAAUCGUCCACAAGUUCGAGCUGGAGGUGCAACCAUCUUCAACGAGACGGUUCAGUUCGACUUGUUCCACCUGGACGACGUCACAUACAUGAUCCUGCUGGAUGAAGCUACUCGCUUCAAGACCUGCUCAGUUCCCGAAGGACAAGAUGCACAACAGUUGCUGGCCUCUAUGCUUCAGAACUGGAUUCAGUUCUUUGGUCCACCUGCCCGACUUGUGCUGGACCAACAAGCCUCUCUGAUGUCACAUGAAGCUGGAGGUGAAUUCGAACGGAUGAAUAUCGUUCGAUGUCCCAGAGGAACGACUCAAGGACAAGGUGCCGAACAACACACUGGAACUGGCUUGGUUGAACGACAUGUUCAACUCACCAAGCUCACUAUCAUGAAGUUGAAAGCCGAGCUUCAACGCCAAGGUCUGAACCCAGAACCAGCUGAACUUGGAAUGGAAAGCGCUAUGGCGCACAACCAGACGAUCAACUAUGGAGGUGCCACACCAAGCAUGAGCGUCUUUGGCAUCCUCCCAUGUGGGUUCUACGACCCUGAGACUCCAGGUCUUCUUUCCACUUUUGGCUCCAUGCAGAAGGACGUGACGGUGUUCGAACGUGCUAUGCGCAUUAGGCAGACUGCCUUGGCCCAGACACAUCAAGCGAUCAUUGAAGAUCGUGUCGCAAGAGCCAACCGACAUCGUCCUCACCAGCUGGAGACAGACAAGCUCACCGCUGGAGUGUCCGAAGUGGAGUACUACAGAGAAGUUGCAGGAGAUCCUGGAUGGCGUGGCCCAGCACUUUUACUACGACUUGAUCAAGAUGAAGGUGUUGCUGUGAUCCAGUACCAGGGCAAGCCCUACUUGGUUUCCUUGAGACACAUCAGGCCCUAUGUUGGCAUGUUCCACUUUGAGAUGGUCAACGAACCUGUGGAGAACGAACUCAACAACCUGAUGAAGUACGUGGAACACCUCUGCGAGUACAAGGCCUAUGUCAUUGGAUGGAUCCAGAAGAAGAGUGGCACUUGGACCAAGACUCCAAAGGAGACACCAGCUAUCACCAAGGCGAUGGAAUGGGCAGACAAGAUGUCCAAAGCCAUGACCAAGAAGCCAUUGCAUGGCAUCAUCAUGGGACGAGCUCUCAAAACCUUCAAACCUCCCAACAACACGACUGGCAAGUUGGUGACAUGGAUUCAAGGUGGCAAGAACUACUCCGUGCAGGAGCACUUGAAUGCGAACCACCUGAGAAUGAAGAAAAUCUCUAACUACACCAGGGAGGACCUCUGUAUCAUCUACUUCUACUACUAUAACCUGGACAUCAAGGAGGAGAUCACCUACGACCCAAAGUCCAAGGAGAAGCCUGCGAAUGACCAAAAGCCAAAUGGCGAUGGUUCAGAGGAGAUGGACACAGAGAACGUUCCAAAGAAACGAGAUGAGCCAGAAGAUCCAGGACUACAAGAAUCUGAAAAGAAGAAGCAGAAGGUUGCGAUGGUGAAGAAGGACAUCAAGAAGGUGGCGAUGCUGCAGAAGGACAUCGAGUUCCUACGGAGCUUCUACACCAUCAACGCCAACACCAAGAUCAUCCUGGACUUCCCACUGGAAUGGAAGAUUGGCUACAGCAUCAUGCUGCCCACGGUCAAGAAUUUCCUGACCCAAGAGUAUCAACAUCGUCAACGACAAUGUGGACAUCUCUUCACCUUGGCCUACAAGACAUCCGGCGAUGCAACAGCAUGCCUGAGAACCGCUCAGAUCUUCAAGGUCGACGAGGAGACCAACAACAUCAAUGAAGGUGACAUCACACCCGAUCUAUGGCAUUUGGUGGAUUCAGCCGAUCGAGCUGAAGUCAAGCAGUUUGUGGAGGAGAAAGCAUUCAAGAAGAUGCACAAGAGCAAGUUCACGGCCGAGAUGGUCAUCAUAGAUGCCAGAUGGGUUCGGAAGUGGAAAAGAUACUCAAAUGGCGAGUUGAAGGUGAAAUCAAGACUCUGUGCAAGAGGAUGCUUCGACUCUCAGAAAGACCUCUUGACGACGAGAUCUACCACUGCCACAAGAUUGAGCCAACGACUUCUUUUGAGUCAUGCUGCACGAAAGCGCAGCCGAAGACUCGAGUCCAUCGACAUUGCUGGCGCUUUCCUGAAAGGUUUUUCUUUCUCCGAGAUUCAACGAGCUCUACGUGAAGCUGGAGUUGAUGCACCAAGCCGAGUGGUGGUACUUCUACCUCCCUUGAACGUCUUUCGUCACUUGAGUGACCUGAGCCCUGACUUCAAGGGGAUGACAGACCUCCAAGCUAUGGAGUACGGCUUACUCUGCGUCAAGCCGGUCUAUGGGUUGAAUGACGCCCCAUUGGCAUGGCAAUUGUGCCUGCACCAGUUUGUCAAGCAACAUGGUGGACACCCAUCACAUCUGGACGACUGCACUUUCUCUUGGAAAGGCCAACGACCAGAAGAACCAGAAGCUGAAUCAAUUGCCACGACACAUGUGGAUGACAUCGCUCUUUCUGGCGAACAACCAUGGCUGGACCAUAUGCACCAGCUGUUCCUCAAGCGUUUUGGCAAGGUGACCAGACAGACCUUACCAUUUGUUCACUGUGGCUGCAAGUAUGAGAAAACGCCCACAGGCUACAAGGUCAGCCAACAAGAGUUUGCCAGCAAACUCAGACCUGUUCCAGUACCAGAACGAGAAGACACUUCAAAGCUGACCAAGGAAGAAGUAUCAACCUUUCGCUCAAUCCUUGGAGCACUUUUGUGGUUGACUGCCACACGCCUUGACAUCAUUGCAGAUGUAUCAGUUCUUCAAGCGAAGGUGACAGUGGCUGAGAUUCAACACCUCAAGCAAGCCAAUGACAUCCUGAUCAAAGUGGCGGAGUACAUCGAGGUUGGACUCCACUACAGGAUGAUGGAAGCCAAGCACAUCAGACUGGUGUGUAUUCACGAUGCUUCCUCUGCUGCUCAAGGACGAAGCUAUGCUCAAGAAGGUUUGCUGAUUGGUAUCAUGGAAGACAAGUUCCACGACGUCACUCUGGAAGCUGAGACAGAAUUCCAAGAUGGAGAAGGCGAACAUGGAGUGGAGAACCAUGGUGGAAUUUUCCACAUUCUUCACGCCAGUGGUUCCAAGGCGAAAAGAAUUUCCUACAGCACUUCACAUGCUGAAACCUUGUCUAUGGUUGGUGGAAUGGAAGCCUCAACUAUGAUCAUGGUUAGAUUGGCCGAACUACACCAUCCUGCGAAAGCUCCCACAAUCAAGCAGCUUGUGCAGAUUCAAGAAGCUGGCGAUCCUAAGAUCCCAAUGGACUUUUAUGGAGACUGCCGAGAUCUAUUUGAACUCAUCACUGGACGACGAACGCUGCCUCAAGACAAAUCGCAGCGCUUGUAUGUUUUGAGUUUGAAAGAAUCAAGAGUUUCUGGAAAACUGCGUAUGGCAACUUUGGUGCCUACUGAAGCUAUGACGGCUGACUCAUUGACCAAGCCGAUGGUUCAUGAUUGCAUGCUACUUUUGUUGACAACUGGAAUCGUCAGGUUUUUCAACGUGCCUGAUCACAAGGUGGUGACGAGAAUUCUCCCAGCACUGGAAGAGUACACAGAGCACGACCUUCACAAGUCCGAUGACGAGCUGAUGGACGACGUUGUCAAGGGCAUCAAACAGCCGAAGAUCAGUCAUGGAGCUGUUUUGCUGAGUUUGUUUUCACGAAGCAUGCUACCAAUGCUGGUGGCAACGUGUGCGAGUGGUGCAACGGCUCAAGAGUUUGACGAGACCUAUGUCCCUGACUCCAAUGCAGUUGCGAAGAACAACAGCAUUCCGAACUAUGCCAACUACUUCGGGGUCUACAUCUCCAUCUUCCUCACCGUGAUCCUCGCCGUGAACAUGGACAAGAUUCUGAAGUAUGUGACCUACAAGGUGACGAAGAAGCUCUACAGGCCUUUGCCGGCCGUGAAGGAGGAAGACACGACAGAAGCGAUGGAUGUGGACGAAGAAGGCGAUCCCGACAUGAUGGCGAAUCGCAUUGCUGCACUCAAGCGGAAGGUCAUGGAUGUGAACGCAGCAAAUCGUGCUGCCAAGAAGAAGAUCCAAGAUCAACAAGGAGAACUGGAUGAGCUCAGAGAUGACCUACGCGAAGCCAAGACGGAGAUCACAUCAUGGAUAGACUGCGCCGACAACUACAGCGCCAAGACCAACAUGUGCCUGGCGGAUUCGGCGAGCUACAAGAGAGAUCUUCAAGAGCUCAAGACCGAGCACGAGGAGCUGAAAGACAGGUACGACCAGGCCCAAAAUGACAUCAACACCCUGGAAGAGCAGGUGCGACGUCAACGUGAAAGAGGAGAUCAGCUUUGUGACAAGGUGGAUGAUAUACAAGGUGCGCUGCAGCACUCCAAGAAUGCCAACGCGAUGGCUGCACGAGCCAAUGCCAGUAAGGACGCGAAGAUUGCCGAGCUGACAGCUGCGCUGCAAACUGCGAAGCAACAGGCUCAGACAGUCAGGCCGAGCCGUGCUGCUGCUGCCGAUCAGAACGAGGUGGCCGAGCUCACGCAGAAGGUCAACGACCUGACCAAGAAGAAUGAGGACUUGGACAGGGAGAAGAACGUCCUGAAGGCGACCUGCGAGCAGCGCGCUCGUGAGAUCCUUGGCCUAAGAGAGGCCAAUAGGGAGGCAAAAGCCCCUCCAACUGUGCAUAUCACGCGAGGUGGGUCAUGCUACCAUAGCGACGGUUGCAACCACCUGAGCCAUGCCGGUCAGCCAAGAGCUGUGGUGGAGUUGCGCAAAUGUCGCAGUUUCACCAAGAUCGAUUCGGAGAAGAUUCAGCUGGUCUCGAAGGUGGGCGUCUUCCCCGUGAAGCAACGCUUGUCGGAUGAGGUGGCGAGUAAAGUGGUGGCCGUGGGUGUGAAAAGCUUUCAGAGGCCGUAUCAGAAGUACGAGCACCCCAUCAUCGUGAUUGGCGCUGGUCUAGGAGGCAUGCAGACCAUGAUCAGUUUGAUGCACUCGGGACGCAAGGACUUGUUAUGCCUGGAGCGGCUGUCCACUUUUGGUGGCCACUCUUGGCUGGUGGUGUCCAACAAGUACACCAAGCUACAGACGGAGAGCGGCAACUAUCAUGUGGACUACAUGCUUCCAGAUGUCCCGGCCACGACCGAGGUGGAGGGAGAUGCCUAUAAGACAUGGCCCACUCGAGAUCAGCUGCUGAAGAUGUUUCGAGACGCCGCCAAGCGGCAUAACUUGGGCACAGUCACCAAGUUCAACACCAACGUGGAGAAAGUUCGGCCACUUCCCGAUGGCGAUGGCUAUGCCGUGUACACAUCGCCGAGUCAUGGGGAGGGCGAAUCCGAGCUCCUGGUGGCCUCCGCCGUGUUAGCCUGGCCUGGCAACUUGUGCAACCACCGCGAGAUUGAGUGGCCUGGAGAGGAGGACUUUGGGGGCUACAUCGCCUAUGCUUCCUUUUCCAAGGUGGAUUAUCGAGAAGCUGAAGGAAAAGUCUGUAUCCUCUACGGGCACGGCGCCUUCACCAUUGAAAACGUGCGUACGCUGUGUGAGCAUCGCUGCAAGAAAGUGGUGGUGAUGUGCCGAAAGCGCAACUUGUGUGGCAUGCGAGUGAUGUCCUGGCUGGUGGGUUACUUGGAAAUGCCGGUGCCCGGCACCAUCCUACUGGAGGCUUCGAUGAUUCUGUGCUUCGUAGCCAAGUACUGA